AUGGAUAAUCGAAUAAUUAAUCUAAUAGAAAUAAUAGCUGAAUCAGGAAAUAGAGGCAAAGAAUUAAUGAUAGACUCAUUUAUACUUGGAGUAGCAUGGGGUAGAAAGUAAAUAUGCUAAAAAAUAUUAGAAUAAUCAAUACAGAUAGCCAGGCUAAGAUGGCUUCAAAUUACUUAUAUGAUUUUAAUUAAAAAUUAGAGUAUUCAGGGUAAUCUCCAUUCAAAAAAUCGGAUCUCUUUAAUAAAUUUCUUAAUGAAGAAGUAAGAUGAUAGCUUAUAUCUUUAGAAUUAUAAUGUAUUUUCAGAGAUCAAAGAAAUUCUAGAAAAGAAAUUAUAUCAAGAAGAUUUAAAAAAUUAAACAAAUCAAAUUGUUACCUAUGAAAAAAAAAAAAUUUGUUAUUAGUAAGUUUGUAGUAUUUGUGAUUUCUACAUCAAUGAUUAAGAUGAAGAAAGAUGUUAAAUUUAACAAUGCAAACAUUUAUUUCACAAUUUAUGUCUCUAUUUAUAUUUGGAUAAAGAAGGUAAUAAUACUUGUCCUGGUUGUUAAAAUGAACUAAAUAUCAAUCUUAAAGAAUCAAUUUUUGAUAAGAUUUCCAUAUCUUGUAAAUCAUGUUGUCCUAAUCCAUAAUGCAAUUAAGAAUUUAUAUAUAAUGGAUAGCAAUAUUACUAAUGUUUAUAAUGUAAUUUUAAAUUUUGUUUGAAUUGUAAAUAGAUUGAACAUGAUGAUAAUUGUAAAUUUGAAAUUGACUUCUUUCCUAUGAGUUUAGGAUAGAGAUUUAAAAUAUGUUAUUACUGUCCUAAAAUAACUAUCUUUAAUUUUACAGAUUUUCAUUAAUGCAAACCAGAAAAUUAACAAUAAAAUUAAAUUUCUAAAGUAACAUUUUAAAAAAAAAUUAUCAAAAAAUAAAAAUGA